AGGUCGAAAACCGCAGAUACAGUUCUACAGUCAAAAUUAACGUUAGUUAUUUGAAACCGAUAAUGCGGUUGUCGAUUACAGGGUGUCUCCUGCUUGGAGCCCUAUUAGCUGGUGUGUGGUGUGUUGACGAAAUAUCUCUAAAGAAGAACGAUACGUCCCUCAGUAUCGUUUUCAAUCCUUCAAGCAAGCUUUUCGACCUAGCUCUUUCUUAUGGCAAUUCGGUGGUGCUUAGCGCAAGUCUUGGACAUGGGCUUAAUCUCUCCGAAAGUGAAAUAGAGAAUUGCCUAGGUUUAGAUAAUUGUUAUCGAUUCAGUGGCGACAUUCGAAUGCAUGUUCACUCGAACAUCGACAAUGGUUUUACGAUAUACUGGAAAACCAAAAAUACUUCUCUAGAGUUUAUGGACUGCGUGGAUUUGGACACUGAUGCACAAACGCAUUGGUAUGGAGGUCCGGAGAGGAAUUAUCAAUAUUAUCCCCUUGAAAAACUGGUGAUACCUAACAUAGAUUACGCGGUUCAUGAACUGAAUUACAGUGCAAUCUCAGAACCGUACUGGGUCAAUUCGAAGGGAGCAUAUCUGCAUGUCGAUGAAAGGGUACCACUUUUUGUCGACCAAAACAGUGCGUUUCAGAACAAGACUUGUUUCAGAGCCAGGGAGCAGCCUCCUUACCAAAAUAGACCAAAGAUUAUUUUAAAUUACACUCUAGUGGCCCAAGAAAAUGUGAGGGAAGCCCAUAUACACGCGGUAGAGCACUUUCUUGGAAAACCAACAGGACGCCCUAACGAUAAAAUGAUCUCAAGACCAAUUUGGUCUACAUGGGCAAGGUAUAAGAAAGAUAUUAAUGAUUCCAUUUUACUUGAAUUUGCCAACGAAAUAGUCAACAAUGGAUUUACUGAUGGUCAAUUUGAAAUAGAUGACGAGUGGGAGACUUGCUAUGGAUCUCUAACGUUUGGAGAUAAAUUUCCAAACAUUAAUAAUACAGUACAAACAAUAAAAGAUAUGGACUUUAGAGUAACUUUAUGGGUACAUCCGUUUAUACAUGUCAAUUGUUCAAGUGCUCUUGACCCUGGUGUAGAUAAUGAUUUCAUCGCUAAAGCUGCAAAUGGAACGAUGACAACUACGUGGUGGAAUAGUGUGAAUGGAAGUUAUGAUUCAGUCUACAUUGAUUAUACUAAUCCGGAAGCUAGAGAGUGGUUCGCUGAUAGACUCAAUUUAAUUAGACAAUUACACGGCAUUGAUGCGUUCAAGUUUGACGCUGGAGAAUCAAGCUUUGCCACGAGGAUGCCCGUAUUAACAGGCGACCCUGAAUUAGCACCAAAUAGUUUAACCGUUGGUUAUGUUCAAACCUGUGCUACUCUUGGAGACCUUGUAGAAAUACGAACUGGAUACAGAACUCAAUAUUUACCUGUAUUCGUAAGAAUGAUCGACAAAGAUUCUUACUGGGGAGAAAACAACGGCUUAUACACUGUCAUAACAACCACCAUUGCCAUGAAUUUGAAUGGCUACGUUUUAGUUCUUCCCGACAUGGUGGGAGGAAAUGGAUACGUGAAUGCUGGAGGACCUCCGGGUGCUGAACUCUUCGUUAGGUGGCUUCAAGCUAACACCUUCUUGCCUGCCAUCCAAUUCAGUUAUGUUCCAUGGGAUUAUGGCAACGUGACGGAUAGUACAGGAAAAACAUAUAAUGUGGUAGAAGUCUCACAGAAGUUUGUUGCACUUCAUGACCAGUUUUCGAGUUACAUUAUCCAAACCAUGGAGACCAGCAUAAAGAAAGGUUACCCCGUAAAUGCCCCAUUGUGGUGGGUGGAUCCUACCGAUCCUCAGUCUCUUGUAGAAGAUUCAGAGUAUAUGCUUGGAGAAGACAUUCUCGUAGCUCCCGUGAUAGUAGAAGGAGCAGUCUCUAGAGACGUUUAUUUACCACAAGGUACGUGGAUCGAUGGUAAUUCUGGAAUUGUAUACGAGGGGAGGCAAACAAUUAAGGACUAUUCGGCUCCUUUGGACAUACUUCCCUAUUUCAUUCGUAAAGGUUGCUCGUUGGAUUUGUAAUUAGAAUUUUGAUAUUCUCAUCUUCGGAGAAUAGUAUUCGUUUAAGAAAACAAAGGGUUGUAAAUAGCGUAGUUUUAUUUAUAAUUUAUUGUAGACCAGAUGUAUGAUCUGACCUAAUAAAGCACCUUAACUGAAACA